AUGGCGAAUCGUGAAGGGAUUAAUCCCUUGCGGCCCUACUACAUCCCUCCCUCUGGCUUAUCGCCAGCUUCAAAUGCACCUCCCGAAGUGGCGUCCCCGUCAUCGGCUCAGGUCUUUGGCAGCACGGCGCGCGACCUCAUCCCGGAUUUAGACUAUGCCGAUUAUUUGGACGCCUCGCCUUCUGUCUCGGACUGGGUCCGCGAUGCCCUGAAUGGAGCACUCGUGCGCUAUACCAAGGUCUUGACCGCUCAACCAUUCGAUGUCGCCAAAACUAUCCUACAGGUGUAUGUUGUGUCCGAUGCCGCAGAUGAGUGGGAUCGGAAGGCCACACCGGAAGCUCAAGGAAGCUCAUACGACUCGGAGUCUGAAUCAUCGGAUGACGAAAGUAGCUACUUCACCUCAGCAGCCCCUCCAACACCCACUCCGAGUACGCCUCGAUCCCGCAGAUCGCGACGUCAAAUCACCGACCGGAGUGGCUAUCUUCGUCCCGAAUCUACGGCCAAGCCCCAGCAUGCCUUGACUCUGAAGAACUCCAACAGUCUCACCGAAGUUCUAUCCCAACUCUGGGCUUCCAGUGGCCCAACCUCCCUAUGGAAGUCCUCCAAUGCGACGUUCAUCUACUCGCUCCUCCUACCCACCUUGAACACCUUCAUUCGAAGCUUGCUGUCGGCUAUCGUUGGCUUACCGGAAGAUGAUAUCUCGUCGUCUAUGACCGCCGACAUUCUCACAGCGUCCUCACCGCUAGCAACGCUGGUCCUCUCGUUCAUUUCCUCCUCCCUCUCCGCCCUGAUUCUGGCUCCUAUCGACACAGCUCGCACCUUCCUGAUGCUCACAUCCGCAACACAUGGCCCGCGGUCCCUAAUCCGAGCUAUCCGCCAGCUCCCCACCCCCAACUGCACGAUCCCCUCGCACCUCGUCCCAAUCACUGUGCUCCACUCAAGUCUGCCAAACUUCAUAAUGACCUCCACCCCACUCUUCUUGAAAUCAUACUUCUCUAUCGACCCUCUUCUCAACCCCAACACCUGGAACCUCUGCACAUUCCUCAGCUCCGGCCUCGAACUCGCCGUGCGCUUCCCUCUCGAAACCGUGCUCCGUCGCGCCCAGAUCGCCACAUACACAUCCCUGAGUCUGCGUCAGAAGUCCUCAGCAGGUAGCAUUCGCGCCGCAUCCAUCGAUGCCUCGGACGUCGAGACCAUCGUCCCUACACCACGCACUUACCGCGGUAUCAUUGGCACCAUGUGGCAUGUUGUCUACGAGGAGGGCGUUAGCUCCACUCCUUCCGACUCUGAGCGUGCAAACCAACUCCUCGGCAACCCAUCCACCAAGAAGAGCCUCCAGAAGCGACAGCAAGGCCAAGGCAUCCAGGGUCUCUACCGCGGUUGGCGCAUUGGCAUGUGGGGCAUUGCUGGUAUCUGGGGAGCUAGUCUUCUCGGUGGCGUGGCCGGAGGCAGCGAAGAUGAAGUCACGAUGAAGGGCGGCCACGGCCGUUCCAGUGGAGGACGCUUCUAA